UGGAGUCACUAACUAAGCCAAAUUUUAGUGCUGAAACAAAAUUACACAGGUUAAAAGCAAAAUGAAGUAAAAUGUUGGUGCUCUUCCUAAUAUUAUUCACUUCUGUAGUCGCCGAGAGUAAUGAGGAUAAAUACCUCGACCUCUUACCAGAAAAUGAGAAACUACAAUUCAUACAACAAGUAGCUAGACGUAUACUAAAAGACGUACAAAGUCAGGAAAAUAAAACCGAAGCGACAAGCAAAGAAAUCGACGAUGAACUGCUUAAAAAACACAAUGAAUACGUCAAGGCUAUUUUAAAAGAAGAAUCAGAAUACAUAAGAAGAAGGAAGAAUGAGAAAGAUAAAAUGGAUAAACCUGCUUCUGGGGAGGUUGACAAAACUUUUGAUAGUGAGAAGAAAACUGUGCCUGAUGAUGAAGAUGCAGGACAAGUUGAUCUGACUUUGCGUAAUGAUAGGAGAGGUAACGCAAAUCCUUCAGAAGAUUAUAUCAAAGUUGAGAUCAUUACUGAUGAACCGCCCAUUAAAAAGAGGUCAAUCCAAGAUGAUGGUCUUAUUAAAAGUGACAAGAGUGAUGAGACCACAGUGGAGGUUUUGGACAGAAUAAAAUCUGAUAGCAAAACUGAAAAUUUUAACUAUAGUACUGUUAAAGCACCAACGCGAUCUACGACUGCAGAAACUAUUUUAAAUUCUACAACAUUGACACCAGAAACCUCUACAGACAAAACAAGUUUGGAUGAAGAGGAAUCUACGACUUUAACAAAUGUAAUAGAUGCAGAAUUAGCAAAAGACAAAAGUUCUGGAGAAACAGAUGCAGAAGGAGCUGUAAGUGACAUGGAGGAAAAAUGGACAAGGAGAUCAAAUAACGAAAAUAAUGUAACAGAAAUUAACAACACAACAGCCACUACUUCAGCUGUAGAACUAUUUGGUCUCAAAUCGGCAGAAAAGAACUUAGACGAAUCAAAUAGUGAAGAAACUACAACUAAUCAAACUAAAACUACUACAGAAAAAAAUGACGUAGAAAGUGCUAACAAUAUUUCAACUACAGUCCAAGAUAGUGAUGACCCGAAUGCACCUAAAAUGAGAGCUAGUAAUGACACAGACACUAGAAAUGAAGUUACAACAACAGACAGUACUACAACAAUAACAUCUUCCGAUGAAAGAACAACAAAACCAGUCCCUAUAACGACCGAAAUAGACAAAGCCAAAACAAGCGAUUCACUAACAACGGAAUCGUCCAAAAAAACUACAGUAACGAAAAUCUUAGUAGAAGAAUUCACUUCACCACCAGUUAAUAAAACAGAAAAGGUUUAUAAGAAAGACGUUAGAGGAAAUGAUAAUAAAAAGGUGAUUCAGCAAAGAGCUUUAGAUCAUGCUAGAGAAUUUUCUCCUCAAGUGCUGGAAGGCGGCAAAUAUACUGAGACGGGAACACCAAAAAAUACUAAAAUCAAAUUGCAUAAGCUUGAUAAGGUUUUCCUGGGACCUAAAGGACAGAAGGAAGAAAUAACAAAGAAGCCGAAUACAAAUAAGAACUUUAUAGAACUAGAGAAAGUAUAUUAUGAUAAUAAUUAUAAAGUUGAAAAGGGGAAUACGUACCAGGUUUAUGAGAUUAGUGCCGACAAAACGCCAUUUAUUAGAGACGAAUUGUCCAUGGUAGAGCAACCAUAUUACGUUCCCAUAUACAACUAUUCGCCAAAUAAUGCCUACUUUAACCCACAAAACCGUCUGGGCCCAAAUCCAGGAGAUGCCAGCGUAGAAAAACGAGAUAUUGAAGCCGAUGACGAAGCUGAAAACGUACCACAAUUAAGAUCCAAACCAGAAAAAUCUGACGAAUCUGAUGAAAGUAUUGAUAAAGAAAACACAAGUAAUCACAAACAGCCUGUUGAUAUGGAAUAUAACGAAUCAGAUUUCGAUGAUCAAAGAAAGAAAUUUGGCAGUAAACAGAGAGAUAUACACAGCAUUCACAAACAGCCGAUAUUAAAUUACAAUAGUAAAAAACCUGGUCAAUAUAACCCUGAGGAUUAUGCAGAUGUCGAUUAUUAUUUUGGUAGACUAAGAAAUAAUAAAAGAAGGGUUUAUAAAAAUGGGGGCAACUCCUUCCCGAAUUCGAAUGAAAAUGACCAUCCAGCUCACAGCAUUCAAGAAGGCAAUCUCAAAGAUCACGUUAGAGCAGUCAGAAAUAUACUGUUCCAUAAAAAAUCUUUUGGACUCCUCGACAAAGACAAAUAUGGCCACGAAGGGUAUGGAGAACGUUCCAGUAUCUAUAAAAGAGGAUUGCGACAGCUCGAUGUAGGUAAAUAUAAGAAAAAACCUCAGGCAUUAAGGGAUGGUGUUCCUGUGUCUGACAACCCUGGUCAAAAUGAUCGUAUCAAAAAUAACAAACAGCAAACGCAGCACAUACCUAAAAAACAAAAGCAACAUAAAGGCGAGGAAGAACAAACUAUAUUGGGAACUGAAGAUAAAAACAAUGACAUUGUAAUAAAUGAUGAACAUAUUAAAAAGGUAGGAUAUUUAAAGAGUAAUAACGGUACGCAAGAACUAUACGUAAUGGACAAUUAUUUCAAGGAGAAUGUUCAGAAGUAUAUUGAGAAUCAAAAACACAAUUACGACGAUCAACUGAAACCAGCUACUCCACUACCUCCUUUGCCCCCUCCGCAACUACCUGAGAGUGAAUAUGCACACUUCUCUAAUCCAUUCCGAAAUACACAAAAUUAUACUAAAAUACAGAGUUUCGCAGAACACAAUUUUGGAGAUACACAUACUUUUGCGAAUACACAAAAUAGUUUCGGUAAUGUACACAGUUUCUCUGCACACAAUACCGCUGACACACAACAGCUUUUGAAUGGAGGAGAAACAUCAAUUUGGAAUGGACAUGAGAAAGGGAAACAUACUGUAAUCACCAAACAUGGAGAAGAUAUUGCAGUAGAGACCCAAGAACCUUUACCUGAAAUUGUGAUCCCUGAAGAUAUUAAACCUCAAGGUAACAUAGAUUCACUAGAUAAUCAACAAGAAAUCAAAUCAGCAUUGCUCAAAGAAUUGCCUGAAGGUGAUAACUUAAGAGAGAACUUAAAUAUAAACUUAAAUAAUAGAAGAAAAGAUGGAGUAAAGUUAGGUGUUUAUCUACAUGUGCUGAAGGAUAUGGUCAAUACGGACAAUAAUGCCUUAAAACAAUAUGACUGGUUAGGUUCCACUGUUGAUAUACAAUCGGCGUUGCGGAAAAUAUUUGAGUUAACCGGGUUAGUAGCAGCUAGACGCAAAGUCCACCCAGCAGACUUGGAAAUCCUAAAAUAUGUUAUAUUCCUGCAUAAACUAGCGACAGAAAUAAUUCAAGCAAACGAUUUUGGAGCGGAGCUGGGGAAGAAGCUAGCAUUAAAUCAAAAUAGUCAGAAAGUCCUUAAGGAAAAGGGUUUGAUAAACAAAGUCUGGUUGCAUUUACGGAAGAAGGUCCCUGAUGUGUAUGAUAUAGGAGCUAUGAGGAAGCUGAACAAGUUCUUGAUGAGCAUUGAAGACGAUUUGUAUGAGUUACACGAUGCAGUGAAAAACGUGGCUAAAAUAACGAAAUACAAGAACCAACAUUGGUAUGACAAUCUGAAAGACCUUUAUAUAAACAUAGAAGAUAAAAAUCUUAUAGAAUUACUUCUCCAUAUGAGUGUACUAAGACUAUUUGUGCUGAUAGAAGAAGCGACUAAAUACGGCCUAGAAGAUAACUAUAUACUGUACAUGAAGAAGCAUAAGAAAGAAGCAAAAAGAACUUUAGACGAAAUGAUAUUUGUUAUGCAAAUUUUGGAUGAAUAUAAUAAAUUACCACGAUAA